AAGCCUCCCUGCUGCUAUAGCAACGCGAUGUGAUUCGCCCCGACCUAAUCCGCAGCUUGGGGCCCAGGGAUCGACCGUCCGAACGCCACCAGACCCGGGACAGAAAGAGAAGACCCCCGCCCCCCCCCGGUACUGCCAGAAGGGCUUGGCCUAGUAACAGGACCCCCAUGAUGUAUCGUAAGGAGAAGAGUAUCCAGAUGAAGAGCAGUGCGUCGGCGCUCUACAACAACCUGAGUGUCCUGCCAAUCACUGAGAAGAACCUUACCUAUUUCUCUGUUGUCCACGGCAACACUGUCAAUAUGGUGAGCGCUUCUGCCGACGGGCUGAACUUCUCCCACCGCCAGUUACAGUCGAAGGAGGGAAGUGUAACUGUCAGCUCUUCUCUCAUCAUGCAGGCAUCAUGGUGUGCCCUCCCAUCGCGGGUUCUGCUGGUUCUCACCUCACAGAAGGGGAUUCAGAUGUACGAAUCUGACGGCUCCAUCAUGGUGUACUGGCACGCGCUCGAUGCACUGGAAACGCCCCCAGCUCAGGCAGUGUUUGCCCGCGGUAUUGCCCCAGCCGGGGGUCAGUACAUCUGUGUAGGGACCUCGUCCGGAUUGGUGCUCGUGUUUAACAUCCCAGCCAAAGGCACCAACAUCACCCUGGCCGAGGUGCUGGCUGAGCACAGGGAACCAAUCACGGACAUUGCCAGCGAGACUUGUACAGACAAGGAUGGUGCUGCGGAUCUGGUCACUGCCGAUGACUCCGGGGCCCUGUGUGUGUGGAAGUGUGGGGAGGAAUUUAAGCUGCUGAGCAAGAUCUCUGCUUAUGGGGUGUCCUGCUCCUCAGUAAAGCUGUGGGAUGGAGUAGUGGCCGCGGCGUAUGGAACGGGACAGAUCCGGGUGUACGAUGCCGUUACGGGGGCUCUCAGUGUCGAGCUGGAUGCCCACGCCCGCUGGGUCUAUACCCUCGAUAUUGCACCCCAGUCUGGCAAGCUUCUCUCUGGGGCAGAAGAUUCCUUUAUACAGAUCUGGCAGUUGAGCCGCUCAGACAGUGGAACAAUUGAGGUGGAGCACCGCCAUUCCGAGUGUGUGACCGACACGCAGAUCUGUGGGGCGCGCUUCUGUGACCCCCAGGGGGCGACCUUUGCUGUGACUGGCUAUGACCUUGCUGAGAUCAUUAGAUACGUACAGAUCUGACACCACAUAGCGACAACAUAGCGCCAUCCCCCCCCCCCCCCGGCACAGCAGGAGUAGGAUGUUCCACAAUAUGGAUUCUGGGGGGAAAAGAGCUCGGAACAGGAGAGUUUUGUGUUGUCAUCGCGGGACAUUUCCCCUUUAUUUUUAUUUUGAAGAAUUUCUAAAAAUGAAUUUGGCACUAGUGACCCCUUAUUUAGGGAGUCAGCGCUCCGUCACCCCCAUAGUGUCUCCCCGGGGGGCUGUCAUGGGCCCAGCGUGCCCGCAGUGGGAAGGUCCUGUAGUGCCCAGGGCCGGCUCUGUGCCCUGUAGCCCCCGCGUGCCCCCAGUGGGAGGGUCCUGUAGUGCCCAGGGCUGGCUCUAUGCCCUGUAGCCCCCGGGUGCCCCCAGUGGGAGGGUCCUGUAGUGCCCAGGGCCGGCUCUGUGCCCUGUAGCCCCCGCGUGCCCCCAGUGGGAGGGUCCUGUAGUGCCCAGGGCCGGGUCUAUGCCCUGUAGCCCCCGCGUGCCCCCAGUGGGAGGGUCCUGUAGUGCCCAGGGCAGGCUCUAUGCCCUGUAGCCCCCGCGUGCCCCCGGUGGGAGGGUCCUGUAGUGCCCAGGGCCGGCUCUAUGCCCUGUAGCCCCCGCGUGCCCCCGGUGGGAGGGUCCUGUAGUGCCCAGGGCCGGCUCUAUGCCCUGUAGCCCCGCGUGCCCCCAGUGGGAGGGUCCUGUAGUGCCCAGGGCUGGCUCUAUGCCCUGUAGCCCCCGCGUGCCCCCGGUGGGAGGGUCCUGUAGUGCCCAGGGCCGGCUCUAUGCCCUGUAGCCCCCGCGUGCCCCCGGUGGGAGGGUCCUGUAGUGCCCAGGGCCGGCUCUAUGCCCUGUAGCCCCUAUGUGCCCCCAGUGGGAGGGUCCUGUAGUGCCCAGGGCUGGCUCUUUGCCCUGUAGCCCCUGUGUGCCCCCAGUGGGAGGGUCCUGUAGUGCCCAGGGCUGGCUCUUUGCCCUGUAGCCCCUGUGUGCCCCCAGUGGGAGGGUCCUGUAGUGCCCAGGGCUGGCUCUAUGCCCUGUAGCCCCUGUGUGCCCCCGGUGGGAGGGUCCUGUAGUGCCCAGGGCUGGCUCUAUGCCCUGUAGCCCCUGUGUGCCCCCAGUGGGAGGGUCCUGUAGUGCCCAGGGCUGGCUCUAUGCCCUGUAGCCCCUGUGUGCCCCCAGUGGGAAGGUCCUGUAGUGCCCAGGGCUGGCUCUAUGCCCUGUAGCCCCUGUGUGCCUCCGGUGGGAGGGUCCUGUAGUGCCCAGGGCCGGCUCUAUGCCCUGUAGCCCCUGUGUGCCCCCAGUGGGAGGGUCCUGUAGUGCCCAGGGCUGGCUCUAUGCCCUGUAGCCCCUGUGUGCCCCCGGUGGGAGGGUCCUGUAGUGCCCAGGGCUGGCUCUAUGCCCUGUAGCCCCUGUGUGCCCCCAGUGGGAGGGUCCUGUAGUGCCCAGGGCUGGCUCUAUGCCCUGUAGCCCCUGUGUGCCUCCGGUGGGAGGGUCCUGUAGUGCCCAGGGCUGGCUCUAUGCCCUGUAGCCCCUGUGUGCCCCCGGUGGGAGGGUCCUGUAGUGCCCAGGGCUGGCUCUAUGCCCUGUAGCCCCUGUGUGCCCCCAGUGGGAGGGUCCUGUAGUGCCCAGGGCUGGCUCUAUGCCCUGUAGCCCCUGUGUGCCUCCGGUGGGAGGGUCCUGUAGUGCCAGUGUGACCCUGCAACGAGUGGUUAGUGGAUUACUGAAUCUUCUCCCCUUACAGGAGAAGGAAAGGUACAAACUCAGUAGCUUUAUUAGAAAUGUAAAUACAGCCAUAAGCACUCACAGAAA